ACUCUUCUCCUUUCCAUCCUCUUUGUGUCUUUUGUGUUUUCUACCAUUUUCACUCAAUUCCCUGCUUUUCACUCUUGUUUGCCAUUUCCCCCCUCUCUGCAAUCUCUGCUUUUCACUCAUCAGCACUGAUCUCCCUCCUUUUCCACUCUACUUUCUCCCUAUCCCCUCUUUCCUUUGGUCCUCUGAUCCCUCCUUUUCUCCUGGUGGAUGGAGUGAGAGGGUCUCUUAACACCUGCACUCCCUCUUCUCCUCUGUUACGUCCCAUGGGCAUCCGUGCAUCCUGCAGACCAGAGCCUCAUGGUCGAGGAGGCGGCUCUCAGCCAGGCCAGCCAGACUCUCCCCUCCCAGAGCAGGAUGAAGAGAUCCUGGGCUCUGAUGAUGAGGAGCAGGAGGACCCCAAUGACUACUGCAGGGGCGGAUAUCACCAUGUGAAGAUAGGAGACCUGUUCAAUGGGAGAUACCAUGUGAUCCGUAAGCUGGGCUGGGGGCACUUCUCCACUGUUUGGCUGGCCUGGGACAUCCAGGGUAAGCGUUUCGUGGCCAUGAAGGUGGUGAAGAGUGCUGAGCACUACACUGAGACGGCUCUGGAUGAGAUCAAGCUGCUCAAAUCUGUGAGGAACACAGAUCCCAAUGACCCCAGCAGAGAGAAAGUGGUACAGCUUCUUGAUGAUUUCAAGAUUUCUGGCAUGAACGGCACUCAUGUGUGCAUGGUGUUUGAGGUUCUGGGCCACCACCUACUGAAGUGGAUCAUCAAGUCCAAUUAUCAAGGCCUGCCUCUGCCCUGCGUUAAGAGCAUCAUACGACAGGUCCUACAGGGGUUAGACUACCUCCACACCAAGUGCAAAAUCAUCCACACAGACAUCAAACCAGAGAAUAUCCUUCUGACUGUCAAUGAGCCCUAUGUCAAGAAGAUGGCUGCUGAAGCGACCCAGUGGCAGAGGACUGGUGCUGCGCCUCCCUCCGGUUCUGCAGUGAGCACAGCCCCAGCACCCAAGCCAAUGGCCAAGAUGUCCAAGAACAAGAAGAAGAAGAUGAAGAAAAAACAAAAAAAGCAGGCAGAGCUGCUGGAAAAGAGAAUCCAGGAAAUGGAAGGAGGUGCCACCCCUGAGGGAGGAGAGGAAGAGGAUGACGAAGAGACAACAGAGACCACGGAAGACACCCUCUCUUCAGCCACUCUCUCCGUGUCUGCUACACUGCAAGAUAUUGCUAGCCAUACCAUCGCAGACUCAACUUCUGAUGACCAGAGGCCAGUGGGGGAGGAACAGACAAAGGGCGAGGGCGAGGAGACAAACAGGAUGGAAGUGAACUGCAAUGGCCUCACCUCCACCCUGGGGAGCGAGACUAGCCUGGAGAGCCAGGUACUUGGGACCAAGCAGUAUACAGAGCAACAGGAAGACCAGCAGAAUGCCAACCAACCAGAGAACGACACAAAGACGGAGAACCACAACACAUCAGACAACAAGCAGGACCAUCACACCAUUAACGGGACCCCCGGGGACCUGCACCCUGACCUGCCGCAGCUCCCUGCCUGUCUCUGCCCUGACUCUGUUACUGUAGAGCUGAGGGCGGGGGAAAAGGAGGAGAAGAAGGAGGAGGAGAUGGAUACACUGGGACAGACCAGAGGAGGCGAAGAAGAAGAAGACAGCCAGAAUGGAUCAGGAAGCCUGUUGGUGAACCCACUGGAACCUCUGAAUGCUGACAAGCUGCAGGUUAAGAUUGCUGACCUUGGCAAUGCCUGCUGGGUGCACAAACACUUCACAGACGACAUCCAGACACGACAGUAUCGUUCUCUGGAGGUGCUAAUGGGAGCCGGCUACAGCACGCCAGCAGACAUUUGGAGCACAGCAUGCAUGGCUUUUGAGCUUGCUACUGGAGACUAUCUGUUUGAACCUCAUUCUGGGGAAGACUACUCCAGAGAUGAAGAUCACAUAGCACUGAUUAUUGAGCUACUUGGUAAAGUUCCUAGGAAGCUGAUCUUGGCAGGCAAAUACUCAAAGGAGUUUUUCACCAAGAAAGGUGAUCUGCGUCACAUCACCAAGCUGAAGCCCUGGGGUCUAUUUGAGGUACUGGUGGAAAAGUACGAGUGGUCCAAGGAGGACGCUCACUGCUUCAGCAGCUUCUUGCUGCCCAUGCUGGACCUGGUGCCUGAGAAGAGAGCCACUGCAGCCCAGUGCCUCUCCCAUCCUUGGCUCGCCUCCUAGAGGCCGGCUGUGCACACUGCAAUCCGGGUUGCAAAAGGAUAAUGAAGGGUUGAAGAUUCUGGACUUGAAAAAAAUAUAAAUGUACACAAACUCAGAUAUGUCUGCAAGAGCCAGUGACUGCAUUGUGCCUGCAUUCUCCUGUGAGAGCUUGUAGAAGCUACACACACACACACACACACACACAACAAGAGAUCCUGCUGCUGAGUCUAUCCUUGUUAUGAAUUACACUGGUCAUAGAAGGAACUUGAGACCUCAUCUAGUAGAUCUGUCUCUAUUUAUGGCUCUUUUUCUGAAUGGCUACACAGUACUUUGGUUAUCUGCUCUUUUCUUUUUGAUAUUGCUUUAUCUUUUUCUCUCUUAAGCUUUUUUCUCCCUGGAGACCUAGUUUCUUUGUUGUGGUACUUUAAGGUAGGAACUCGCGCUUAUCUCCAAAUGGAAAGGACGGGAAGUAACAGAGAAACAUAUUCCCACCCAAACCAUAUAUUGGUAGAGCCUUCAUAAACCAAAUGCAUUAUGUAUUUUUGUUUUCCAGUCAUAAUGUUAGCCAUGCCAACCUUUAUGCUUUUGCCCGUCUUUGCUGUCAAUUUUUUGCAAAUUUCUAUAGAUAAUAACUGCAUAGUGCUAUGAAGCAUGAAGACAGCCAAGUGACAUUAAUAAUAAGUUGGCUUUAUCCCACAUGUGUGCAACAUGGCCCAUGUCGACAGAACACAUACAGUUUUAUACCGGCAAAAUGACAAGAUUAGGGAUUUCAACAAGUGUUUUUUUCAGUAAAAUGUCUAUUAUUACUGAAGUGAGGGAAGAGACCCAUAAAUCAUGCCCUGCUUUUUUUGGAGUAACAAAAUGUGGAACCUCAAGAUUUUUUUUCAGUGUUGUCUUUAAAAAAAAAAAAAGCACUUGGUGAUUUAUAACUUGACCAACAUCCAAAUUUCCCCUCCUUUUCAUGCAUGAGUCUGCAUAUGACAACUCAAGUGCUGCUGGAUACCUGUGUCAUAUCUGGAUCACUUAAACAGCUACUACAUUUUUUUAAAAUAUCGCUUUUUUCCUGUGAAGAAUGGCUUGAUAUAUCAUUUUCCACCCUCAUAUUCUAUGUGAAUACACACCCAGUUUGUACUGUACAUAGAAGUGUACCAAAGAGUUGGCUUUUGCUCUCUCCCUCUCUGCAACACAAAACUUUGUACAAUUUCUAGAAGACUGUCAAUAGUGUACAUUGGAGGGAAAACUUUGCUAAGCUGAAAAGGUUUGAGGUUGUUUUUUUUGUUUUGUUUUAGGGUUUUUUUUUUACACUUUUUGGAGAUGCCUUGAAAAAUAUUUGGGUGAGACCUAAUUGUAUGGAUGUAAUUGCUCCAUUUAAAGCUUAUUUUCAUAGUGUUGCCCCUUGAGAUGUUAAGAUGUUGCAGUGAGAUGUUCAAAAAACUGCAUUUGAAAAGUAUGGAUUGUACCAAUAUCAAUGCUGUAAUAAUGCUUUGACCUCAUCCUCCAGGACCUCCAUCUCAUCCCCCAACACCAAACCACUUUGCUUGCUAUUUUUCUACAAGGACCCAUCUCCUUUCCAUGUCUCCCCUCUUCAUUUAAUUGUUAGGAAAACAUUUUCUCUAGGUAAGAAGAAUAAACGCUUUCAAAAUGUGA